AAUGACAAUGCCCCUGAGAUUGAAGUGACGUCAUUUUCCAGUUCCAUUACUGAAGAUUCCAUACCUGGGACUACAGUUGCUCUUAUCAGUGUGAAUGACUUGGAUUCUGGUCUCAAUGGGAAAGUGAUUUGCUCCAUAAGUGAGGAUGUUCCUUUUGCUUUGUCGCCAUCAUCACAAGACAAAAUGUAUUCUUUAGUGACCAAAGCGUCUUUAGACAGAGAGAAAAUGUCCAAAUAUGACAUAUCAGUAGUUGCAAGAGAUGCUGGUCAACCUGCACGCUCAACUGAAAAGACAAUUAAUGUUCUCAUUUCAGAUGUGAAUGAUAACAGUCCAGAGUUUUUAUCCAGUCCUUACACUUUUUAUGUUACCGAGGGCAACAAUGCAGGGGCCCCCAUCUUUUCUGUUAAAGCUUUUGAUCGUGAUGACAAUGAGAAUGCUAAAAUUUCAUAUCAUAUUGUUAGAUAUGGAAAAGAUGACAACAAACUGUCGUCAUUUCUCAGUAUAAAUAGUGAAAAUGGACAAAUAUCAGCUUUAAAAAGUUUUGACUUUGAGACGGUAAAAAGUUUCCAAUUCCAAGUGGUGGCCACCGAUGGUGGAAGUCCUCCACUGAGCAGCAACGUGACAGUGAAGGUGUUCAUUCUGGAUCAGAACGACAACGCUCCAGUCAUCCUGUAUCCAGUCAGUUCCAACGGUUCUGCCGAAGGGGUGGAGGAAAUUCCCCGCAACCUGAAAGCAGGAGACUUGGUGACUAAAGUCCGAGCCUUUGACGCCGAUAUCGGAUAUAACGGCUGGCUGCUGUUUUUGCUGCAGCUAGUGAGUGACCACAGUCUGUUUACUUUGGACCGCUACACGGGCCAGAUCCGAACACUUCGCUCCUUCACGGAGACGGAUGAGGCUGAGCAUCGACUGCUCAUCCUGGUCAAAGACAACGGCAACGUUUCACUCUCGGCAACAGCUACUGUGACCGUCAAACUCGUGGAGCCCAAAGAAGCUUUUGCGGCUUCUGACACCAAAAGUGCAGCCAAGGUGGACGAGGAGGACAAUGUGACUUUUUAUCUCAUCGUCACUUUGGGCUCGGUGUCCCUCCUUUUUGUCAUCAGCAUCAUCGUGCUGAUCGCCAUGCAGUGCUCCAAAUCCACAGAGUACACUUCCAAAUAUCUGCAAGACGCCAAUUAUGAUGGCACGCUGUGUCACAGCAUCCAGUACAGAUCAGGAGACAAGCGCUACAUGCUAGUCGGACCCAGAAUGAGUAUCGGUUCGACCGUAGUCCCGGGCAGCCACGCCAACACUUUGGUGCUCCCUGACAGGAGACACACUUCGGGGGAGGUAAGACACAAUCGAUUUGUACCUCUGGGUUUCUCUGAAUUGUUACUUUUUUAAAGGAACGUUUUUGUUUGAGUA